UGAAGGUAACAAUCAGCAUAGGAACAGCAACCAAGUAUUCCUUCAACACAAAGGAGAAUUUCUUUUUAUCAUAAUCUUUAUACAGCUUCUGUUUUAAACAAUGAACUGGAGUAACAUCAACGUCACCAAUGGGACAUCAUCUUUCUCUGGACAAUGCCACAGAGACACCAGAAUUGCACAUGUAGUAUUCCCAAUCCUAUACACUGUCAUUUUCCUUACUGGAGUUAUAUUGAACAGUUUGGCUAUUCGAGCUUUUUUCCAAAUUCAAAGCACCUCAACUUUCAUUGUCUACCUCAAAAACACUUUGGUUUCUGAUUUCAUAAUGACUCUUAUGCUUCCUCUGAAAAUUCUUACUGAUUCAGGACUAGGACCAUGGCAACUUAAAGCUUUUGUUUGUCGCUUUUCAGCUGUGAUAUUUUAUGAAACCAUGUAUGUUAGCAUAGUACUACUUGGACUUAUUGCUUUUGACAGAUUUCUCAAAAUUGUGCGACCUUUUGGGAAAAUUUGGGUGCAAAAUGUCACUGCUGCACAAAUUCUUUCAGGUCUUGUUUGGCUUUUCUUCUUUGUCCUCUCCUUGCCAAAUAUGAUUUUAUCCAACAACAAAGCAACACCCCUUUCCGUGAAGAAAUGUGCUUCUCUGAAGAAUCCCUUAGGACUGAAAUGGCAUGCAGCUGUCAAUUACAUAUGUCAGUUUAUCUUCUGGACUGUGCUAAUUCUAAUGCUUCUAUUUUAUGUAAUUAUUACCAAAAAGGUAUAUAAUUCUUAUAUAAAAACUCAAAAGAAAGAUAGCAAAAGCAAACAGAGGAUUAAUGGGAAAGUAUUCAUCAUUGUAGCUGUCUUUUUCAUAUGUUUUGCCCCAUUUCAUUUUUGUAGAGUACCAUACACACUAAGUCAAACUGGCAAUACAAGUGACUGCAAUGUACAGAACCUAUUAUUCAUUGCUAAAGAAAGUACUCUUUGGCUAGCUACUACAAAUAUUUGCAUGGAUCCUUUGAUAUACAUAAUCUUGUGCAGAUCGUUUGUAGAAAAAGCAUUCUGUGUUAAAAUGAAAAAAUUUAGAAGUACAAUGAGGGAAAAUCCAACAGUCCCCUUGGACACCAGAAUAGAUUCCUAAUUUGGUGCAACUUUAUAGCUUUCUGUAAUUUGCACUAAAUUAUUUGCAGAGAAGUUAAAGGAUACUUUGUGUCAAGAUGUUUUAUUCUAGAACUGAAACUUAAA